GUACCGGCGGAGGGCGGAGGGAUCCGGAGGCGGCGGAGGGAGACGUCAUUGCAGGGUUGUUUGUGCAGCGUCGGCGGUCUCCGCGACCCUCAGUGAUUCGGCCGCUGCGCCGGGGGGCGGGGGGGCUGCGCGGGACUCUUUUCUCUCAAGCUGACCGCGGGGCAGCUGCGGAGCAUGUCGACCCCGGCCCGGAGGAGACUCAUGCGGGAUUUCAAGCGAUUGCAAGAGGACCCACCUGUGGGGGUCAGUGGCGCACCAUCUGAAAACAACAUCAUGCAGUGGAAUGCAGUUAUAUUUGGACCAGAAGGGACACCCUUUGAAGAUGGUACUUUUAAACUAGUCAUAGAAUUUUCUGAAGAAUAUCCAAAUAAACCACCAACUGUGAGGUUUUUAUCCAAAAUGUUUCAUCCUAAUGUGUAUGCUGAUGGUAGCAUAUGUUUAGAUAUCCUUCAGAACAGAUGGAGCCCAACAUACGAUGUAUCUUCUAUCCUAACUUCAAUUCAGUCACUGUUGGAUGAACCAAAUCCAAACAGUCCAGCCAAUAGCCAGGCAGCACAGCUUUAUCAGGAGAACAAACGAGAAUAUGAGAAGAGAGUUUCAGCCAUCGUGGAGCAAAGCUGGAAUGACUCAUAAUGGACACCGGGCCUCAUCCUUUUCAUCAUCGUUGUGUAUAAUCACCUCCCAGUAGAAAGGCUAACACAUUUUAAGUGCCACAGGUUUUAAGGAUUCUGCAGAGAAAAAAGCAAAAGUCCUUCAGUUUAGAACCUACAAAGCUCGUGUAUCUUGGUUAAUGUACUUUUUAUUGCAUGGUGUGAACUAAGUUAUUGCUGCAUAAAUUUGUAAUAUAUCCUGUUUGUAUUUUUUUCCAAGUGUAUAAUGUUGGUGUGGAGUUUUCAUGACAGAAUAUACACAUUUUGUAAAUCUGUACUUUUUUCAAAUAUUGAAUGCCUUAUUUUUGAAUUCUUUAGAUUUUUAAAUUGGAGAAAAGCACUUAAAGUUUUUUAUAUAUGAAUAUUACAUGUAAAGCUGUUAAAAUACAUAACUUCAGUGCAAGAGACUUUGUCACUUAUUUCCUUAUCUGUGCAGGAGGGGUUGAGAAGUCUCUCGCUCUCCAUCAAUUGAUACCUUCACUCCCAAUUCCAAAAGAACAUACUUCUAUUUUAUCAAGAAAAUCUUCAAAUUUGAUUCUAAAUACCAAUUCUGAUCUCCCAACUUUAUUUCGAGUGUACCUCUGUUAGUUUUCAGUUGAGUUAUUAUAGACAUGACUGGUUCGAUUCUGUCCAACUCUGUAUUUGGGCCACUUGUUAACCUGUGUCACUCAUUGCUAAACUGUACCUAUUGCGACUUCACAAUUGGCACGUCUACCAUGAGCAGGGGACUGCUGUGAUGACUCUGCUGCUUGGUAGCCCUCUCAGAGACUUGAUUAACAAAGUCAAACCAUCAAUGUUACCACAAAUUCAUGCUGCAGUAUUAGCAAUGAAUUGGUUGCAUUGGUUUGAGCAAGGCAGAUAUUUGGAAUGAAUUUUGGUGUAAUUUAAAUAUUCGAAAACUACCUUUUGAUGCACCUGCGUUAUCUGUUUGUUCUGGGGAAUGUGUGAGCACCAGGGCCUGCCGAGUUGCUUUCUCAUCUCCUCAGUUGUAUAAAGUUGUAUGCAUCUUAGUUUACUGGAUAAAUUUAAAACACAGUAUUGUAGAAAGCUAAUUCAAAGCUAUCCUUUGCCUUCAAAUAGUAUAGAAAAUGGAAAAUAUACAAGUAAAUUCUGUUAAACCGUU